AUGGCAUCGGGGUUUGUCACCAUGAGCCUCUUCUCAUGGGAGUCCAUCUGUGUUUUCCUGCUUUCCCAAGGAUUGUUUGAUCCCAUAGUUUUGCUGGUGUGGGGUAUACAGGAGAUUCAUGCUGACCAGGAGAUGAUCAGCAAGAUCUCAGCUGCUGGCCAGUUGAUGCAGUGCUCUGCUUCAUUAGAUGUCCUUUUCCUCUUGGAUGGCUCCUACAGCAUUGGCAAAGGAAGCUUUGAAAGGUCUAAGCACUUUGCAGGCAAGCUCUGUGAUGCCUUGGACAUCCAUCCAGACAGGGUCCGUGUGGGUUUGAUACAAUUCAGCUCAACUCCUCACCUUGAAUUCCCGCUGGAUUCGUAUCUAACCAAACAAGAACUGAAAGAGAGAAUCAAGAGGAUUGUGUUCAGAGGUGGGAGCACAGAGACAGGUCGGGCUCUGAAGUACAUUCUCCGCAAGGGAUUCCCUGGUGGCAGAAACUCAAGUGUCCCUGAAGUCCUGAUCAUCAUUUCGGAUGGCAAGUCCCAGGGCAGCACCGCGAUGCCUGCAAUGCAGGUGAAGGACAGACACAUCAGGGUUUUUGCAGUGGGAAUCAAGUUUCCAAGGUGGGAGGAACUGCACGUGCUGGCUAGCGAGCCCACUGAGCAGCAUGUGCUCUUCGCUGGUGAUGCUGAUGAUGCUGCCAAUGGCCUGUACAGCACCCUCACUGGCUCUGUCUGCAGCACCAGCGCUCCAGGCUGCAGAGUUGAAUCCCAUCCUUGUGAACGCAGCACCCUGGAGACUGUGAAAGAGCUGGCUGGAAACUACGUGUGCUGGAAAGGCUCAAAGCAGCCAAAUGCAGUGGGGGCUUUGCUGUGCCCUUUCUACAGGUGGAAAAGAGUCUUGAUAAAACACCCAGCCAGAUGCUUCCGAACUGUAUGUUCAGAUCCUUGUGACUCCCAGCCAUGCCAGAAUGGGGGCACGUGUGUUCCAGAGGGACUGGACAAAUACCACUGCCUGUGCCCAGUGGGGUAUGGAGGAGACAUCCACUGCGCACCAAAGCUGAGCCUGGAGUGCAGCGUGGAUCUCCUUUUCCUGGUGGACAGCUCGUCGGCAGUCACACUGGAAGGGUUCCUGCGCUACAAGGCAUUCCUCAAGAGGUUCCUCCAAGGAGUGAUGGGCCAGGACUCACCAGUGAACGUGGGGGUGGCCCAGUACGAUAACAGCGUUAGGAUACCCAUUGAAGUGGGACAACACAAGGAUGCAGUCAGUCUCAUGAAGAGGAUUGAUGCUUUGAAUUUCAGUGGAGGAGGAUCCCUGACAGGCAGAGCCUUGCAGUACAUUGCACAGCACGGUUUUAGGAGCACCGCAGCCUUCGCAGACAUGCAGGAUGAUAUCCCACGUGUGGUUGUCUUGCUCACUGACUCCAAGUCCCAAGAUCCAGUGGCAGAAGCUGCCAAGUAUGUGAGAGACCAAGACCUCUUCUUGAUUGGUGUAGGCAGCAGCUUCAUGAGAGCAGAGCUGGCCAAGGUGACUGGCAAUCCAAAGCAGACAAUUGUCUACUCUGAUCCUCAGGACCUGUUCAACAGGAUCCCGGAGCUGCAGAGAAGAAUCUGCAGUGUGGGCAGUCCUGGAGGCUGCCAGGCGCAGUCUCUUGACUUGGCAUUUGUGGUGGAUGCUUCAUCUGGAGUUGGCCUGGAGAAUUUCCUGCAGCUGAGGGCCUUUGUCAGGAGCAGCUGUUCACAUUUCAGCAUCAACCGGGAUGUCACCCAAAUUGCCCUUGUGGUUUAUGGCAGCAGAGCUCACACUGUGUUUGCUUUGGACACCCACACAAGCAAUUCUGCUGUCCUCCAAGCCAUCGACCAGGUGCCUUUCCUCAGGGGCUCGGGCUCUGCUGGCAGUGCCUUGCUGUACGUUUAUGGUGAUGUGAUGACGGUGCAGAAAGGAGCAAGACCUGGUGUCAACAAGGUGGUGGUGCUGCUCACAAGUGGAGGUGGCGUGGAGGAUGCAGCUGCCCCAGCUCAGCAACUGAGGCAUGAUGACAUCUUGGUGUUUGUGGUUGCCAUUGGGGAUGCACAGAGGGACAUGCUGCUGAGGGUUGCUGGGUCUCCCAACUACCUGGUCCACAUCUCCUCCUAUGAGGACCUGCAGUAUUACCAAGACCUUAUCAUUGAAAGAAUCUGUGAAGAAGCAAAAAGCCCUGUGAACCUGUGCAAGCCCAACCCAUGCAUGAACCAGGGCGUAUGUAUCCUUGGGCCUGGGAGCUACCGGUGUGAGUGCCACGGCUGGGAAGGACCCCACUGUGAGAGCAGAGUUCUCCAGGGUGAUUCUCCACGAUCCCCAGUCCUUCCUCCACACUCCCAUGUCCAGUGGACUCCAAGGGCUUUGCAGCACUUCUCCAGAGCCUCCCAGCACACCAGAAGACACAUGGAUCAUGGACACUGACACAGAUGCACCGAGUGCUCCAGUUCUCCAUCCAGGAACACUGCCAUUCUUAGGCACAACCUAGCAAGCCACCACUGUCCUUGGCAGUGACUGAGAUACUCCAGUACAGGGACUGUGCCGAGGCCAUUCCCAGUUUCUGCAUUGCACAAACUGGGCUUCCCAGUGCUCUCUUUCUUUUGUAAUUGCAGUAAAUAUUUGUGUUUAAGUAUUUA